GUUCAUGCUGAGGACGCCUGAUUGAGGUGUAUGUCGGACGCUGCAGCACACAUAUCACGGGAGGCCAAAGGCCUCCAACAAGGACUCAAAGACCUUCUCAAGACUCGCGAAAUAACAGACAGAGAAAUUGAUAUUCAGAGGAAGAAUCUACGACGGCAGUAUCUUCGUCUACUGUUCCUCCAUCCCUACUCGAAGGAAUCCAAAGAUGCCGAAACACAUCUAUGGAUGCAAACCUCCUACGCCAUAAUCUCAAUUUACAAGCAGCGGAUCGCUACCCUCGACCGCGCGAUCCACAAUCCCUCACGGCAAGGAGGAGCUCAACAUCAGAACGGCCAUUCAUCGCGGACCGUGGAGUAUCGCAAGCUCCUCCAACGCUUCCGUCAGUUUCUUGCCGAUGAGGAAAAGUUCUGGAUGCAACUCGUGUUCCGCCUGUGCCGUUACUUCAUCCUCGACGACGCUCAGCCAGCCCUCACCACACUGGGAAUUGUUCCUGAAGACGACCAGGCGCCCGCAGCUGACAGUGCCACGUAUCCUCGUCGAAACCAACAUCAGUUUCCCCCAGAGAGCGACCAUGGGGCGACCAAUGCACUCGUUCCCGCUAGCCCCUCCCAGCGCGAGAGCCGUAUGGCCAUCCUGAGCAAAGCGCUCGUCUGCCUCGGAGACAUCGCACGAUACAAGGAGCAAUACAACGAAGCCGGUGGACGCCCUCGUGCUGGCCACGAGGAUGGACCUCCUGCUGCCAUGUCCGGACGGGGUGGGCGUGGCAGGAGGGGCGGAGCGGCUGGGGCGAGCCACAUGCCCUUGCCGCGCCUCCGAAACUAUGAUCGUGCGCAAUCCUGCUACGAACAGGCGCGACUGCUGUUUCCGCACGAUGGGAAUCCUUCACACCAACUGGCGAUCUUGUCUUCAUAUCAGAAAGAUACGCUCAGCUCUAUCUUGCAUUAUUACCGUGCGCUUUGUGUGCGGACGCCCUACGAGACCGCGUCGGAGAAUCUGGGCACUGUCCUUUCCAAGGCGCUGGAGCAGUACAAGUCAAAAGGUCUUCUAAGGGAGGCAGAAGCACAGGAAGAACUGGCCAACAGCGAGACCGUCUCACCAAGGCUGCGAGUCGAAGCGUUCAAGGAGAAGGUGGCAGUUCUGCACGCACAGUGGUGUAGAAAUGUGGAUGAGGCGAAGAUUAUGGGCGAGAAGGGUAUUGAAGACUUCGCCAGCCUAGUGGCAGACCGCAUCCUUCCCAUCGAGAUGAUUUCCAAGAUAAUUGUGCUCGCCGAAGGCGCACUCUGGAAGCAUCGCAUGGUUCGCCGUCCUUCAAAUGCCGAGCGACGCCCGUCAAGUCUUGCCGUGACCGAGUCCAACAUUGUCACUCACCUGCUUGCCACCCACCGCGUCCUUCUCGAAAACGGCUCCGUCGAGCUGGCUGAAGCGCCACCUGAGGAUGCCGAAGAGGGUGACCUUGCGCAGCGUAUAACCGCCACCUUUAGACGAACGCUUCCGGCUCUACGCAUGGCUGGAAAAUGGCUGCGGUCUAACACUCGAUACUUGUCACAGGGCCUUAAGAACACUGCAAACGGCGACGAGCAGCCAUUCGGGACGAAGGAUACGCCCAGGGGCAGGGAUAAGCGCAACGGCGGUUCGGCGAUUGUUAUUGGCGGCAUCUACGACUUCUGGCGAGAGUAUUUGCGCUUCUGCGAAGCCUUAGUCAACGCGUUCCCCGCGGAGAAGCUUCCGGAACUGAGGACACAGCUGGAAGAGGACGUCGACAUGGCCGGGUUUCUGCCUCUACGCAAGUACAUGGCUGGCCCAGACGGCAAGCCGCUUGGAACCGCAAAGCACGCGACAUCGGAGAAUGGAAAGGCCAACGGUGAACUGCCGGCUUCACAGGACAGUACUGUGCAGCCCAGUGAUCAAGUCCACCCAAAUGAGGAGCAGCUGAUGAGGAUCGCGGACAUUCUGACGGAUGCGAAGGCGGUCGCCGAGGACGAAUAUACUCCUAUCGCGUUCCUUGAAGGACACUUCAGCCUGAACGCGUCGAUCUCAGCUGCCAUAGUAAAGGCGUCCGAAUCAGAAGUAUCCGGAGAGAAAAAGGCAGCAGUUGGUGCAACAGAUCGUCCGAAGUCUGUGUUGACAGAUGAGCCACCGGCACGGGUCGAUCAUUUCUCAGCGCCCCAAUCACGAGCAAUGCGCGAUCCGGAAGUUGACGAAGAGGCUGCAGACGAUGCCCAGUCGGUGACCACGCGUACCGAUGAUGAUCCUGUCCGCGAUGCGUUCGCAAUAGCGCUCAGGGCGUCGGAUGAAGACGACGACGACGACGAAGACGUGGUUGUCUGGCAACCGAAUAGCCCGCUGUCUCCUCGUCAAGAUCCCAUAGUUACGGCCCCGCCAACCACACCCCCGCGGCUUGAUCCAAUCGGGAACCACAUGGGAUUCACGCCCCGUCGGUCAGAGCCGCGGUCACCGCCAUUUGCGCGGGCGGAAUUGCGUCCUCCACCAAAUGCUACUCCGCUCACGGCACAAGACCUACUCCAGGAUGUCCUGGGCCACCUUCCGCCUGGCACGGUAACAUCUCGCCACCGACCCACAUUAUCGACUCCAGCUGUACCUAUCAUGGGAAGCGAUAGCAUAUGGUCAUCGAACGGCGGCUCAUCGCUCCACUAUUCCAGCGGCAGGGUUCCCCUGGGCAACGGCUCUCAGUACGUCACCCAGAAGACUAUGAGCCUAUCCGGUGCGGCCGCCCCGCUACCACCGACGCAGAGCUCGUGGUCGUCUUCAUCAUACACCUGGCAGUCUCCCCUCCCAUCUCAAAGUUCUCACCUGGGCUACGCCAAUAGCCCAUCUCGCACGCUGCUCCCUCAGCAGCCGUCUAUCGUCAACAGUGGUCACCAGAGAGCCCCGUCGGACACCCUGAUACCGCUACGUGCGCAGGCGCUUCCGCCGCCUGCCAUGCUACCGACGGCGCACCGCUACGAGCCGUUGAACUCACCAGCUGCUGUCGGCUCCUCAGUGCUGAAUGCGACGUAUGGCGCGCCUGGAAGUAGUGUAAACAACCGUCUCGGCCCCGCUGGCUUUGCAGACGUGUUCACUACUCCGUCGGGUGGGCCGUCGUACUUCCCCAACACUGGCCUCCAACCAGACCACUUCCGUUUCGCUGGGUCCGCCCACAUGGACGGCGAGCAUGCGUUUAUUCCGCCGUACAGCGGUGCUCCCGCAGCCUCUCGUAUCUGGGGCAACUCUGGCUAACUGAUGGCUCGCCUACGAUCCUUCUGUUGUUCCAUCAUGGAUCUUCGAGUGGCUCUUCGGGGAGUGCCUACCGGUUCUUCCAAGGGUUGAUGUCCAAGGCGUCAUACGAUGCGAACGGCAGUUGUAAGUCAACAUCUCGGGUUUCAGGCAGGAGGCAGAGCACACGACCAGGCCUCCCGUUACGAUAAACCGCCUCCCAAGAGGACCCUGCGUUGCUUCCUCAGCGUCGGACUCGCUUGCCUUCCCCCGUAUCCGGUCUCGUCCAAGGUCGUCCUGCUGUCUCUCCGGACGGACAUUCGUGUAUUUUAUUUGACCCACCACGGCUGUGGUCUUCUCCCCUUUACGUUACAUACUCCUGCGACCCCAAUGUAGCCCGUGCGCCGAGACUAUCCAUCAAA